ACAAUUUUUCUAGUGGUUCUUGUUUAUGUUCAUUACGUUUGUACAUAUGCGACGUACGACAUUGCACGGCGCCUGCUAGAGAGACUAACAUGGGGGUGACAUGUGUAACUCAAGUUCCUUUAGCAGAAGGGAAGAGUGUGCAGCAGACUGUGGAACUUCUUACUCGCAGGCUGGAGCAGAUGGGAGCAGAGAAGCAAGGAACAUUCUAUGUGGACUGUGAGACAUAUCACACUGCAGGGGCCAAUGUUGGAACGACAGGUCAACCUGGGAAGCUCCUCUACAUUAUGCACGGUUCAGAACACCCUCUCAGUACAUUUGCUUUGUUUGAGAAUGGACCCUGCUUGGUUGCGGACCAAAACUUUGACGUACUUAUGAUUAAAUUAAAAGGAUUCUUUCAAAACGCAAAGGCUAAUAAGAUGGAGACAAGGGGGACACGCUACCAGUAUUGCGAUUUCCUUAUUAAAAUUGGUACAGUCACUAUGGGACAGAGUGGCCGAGGAAUAUCUGUUGAGGUGGAUUACUGUCCCUGUGCUGUGCCAGGUGACUGCUGGAACCUCGUGAUGGAAUUUAUGCAGAUGUUUAUGGGCAGUCAUGCUCCAUCUGGUCCCCCGGUUUUUAGUGUCAAACAUGAUGCACUUUACACACCUGGAGACACUAUGAUGCAGUACAUGGAGCUUCUAAAUAAGAUCCGCAAGCAACAGCAGGGUUCAGUGGCUGGCAUGAGACUAUGACACGGUCUCAGCCAUCUAUCUUUUAUGCUGGAAUGCGGGCAAAUCCAUGCUCUUCUAUAUCCUUGGAUGUGUGCUAAAUGGCAAAUGAUGUUUUUCUUAAGACUGAUGACCUAAUGCAUGGGACCUAGGAAGACAAACUAGGACACCUGGCUGAGUCAGCUGAAAUAAAGUAUUUUAACAGAU